AAAAUCCUUAAUCAUUAUGCUGAAAUUUGUACUUGCUAUUUGCCUUUUCGGCAUCCUAGCCGAAAGCAUUCAAGGACUCUACCUGCAGAAUUAUCACAGAAGUUUGAGCAUUUGUCCUGAUGAGAGAAACCCUGGAAAAUUAGUUGCACAGGAACAUGUCACUAAAGUAUUGUGGAAUGGUAUCCGUGUUAGAAUUCCAGAAGAAGGUCUUCUGGAGAAUACGAUUAGUUGCGUUUUGGUAACAGACCAGGGUAGCAGCGGUAGCACGCCUGUCAUUACACAAGGAGGAGUUGGCUCAAAUUAUGUGGAAAUUCUAAUUGCUGCAGACCUAAUUUCUGGACUGAAUUACAAUAUCGAAGUUUAUGUGAAUGAACCAACUACCAGUAGUGCUGCCACUACUUUAUCCACCCCGGGCAAAUGAAACAUCAUAGGAUUCCUACGACCAGAAAGAGUUAAGGAUUUAUUUAUUAUAGGAAAAUAAUUUAUACUU